GUCCGGCGGUGCGCGAUGACGCAGGGGCGCGGCGGGAGGCGGAGCUGGGGUGCGUGGUGGUCACGCGUCGGGCUUCUCGGAUGUGCGGAGCGGCAACAUUGUAGCGAGUGAUCAGCCUCGCUGUGGGAACCAACAGGAAGCAGCAUGGUUUCAGAAGCUGGAGCACUUUUUUUGUGAAAGGGAAGGACCUAAGGUGAACACGAACUUUUGGAAAUAUUGAAACCUGUGAACCUUUGUCUGAUGCCUCCAGUUUUUGCAGUGGUGAACAAAAUAAUCCACCGUCAGUCGUCAGUGUGCUGAUCCUUGAUCCCUAACCGUCAUGUCUGUGCCUGUAAUGGACAAACACAAAGUGAAGCGAGCACGCCUUGAUCGAAUUUGCGAAGGUAUUCGUCCUCCGAUCUUAAAUGGCCCAAUGCACCCACGCCCCUUGGUGGCACUGUUGGAUGGCCGGGAUUGCACUGUGGAGAUGCCAGUCCUGAAGGACGUUGCGACAGUGGCAUUCUGUGAUGCACAGUCUACUCAGGAGAUACACGAGAAGGUACUAAAUGAAGCAGUGGGUGCCCUGAUGUACCACACCAUUACAUUAACACGAGAGGACCUGGAGAAAUUCAAAGCACUUCGAAUUAUCGUCAGGAUUGGCAGUGGCUAUGACAAUGUCGACAUCAAAUCAGCUGCAGAUUUAGGGAUUGCUGUGUGUAACAUUCCCUCAUCAUCGGUGGAAGAGACAGCAGACUCUACACUGUGUCAUAUUUUAAACCUUUACAGACGGUCCACGUGGCUGCACCAGGCUUUGCGGGAGGGCACAAGGGUGUCGAGCGUCGAGCAGAUCCGAGAGGUCGCCGCAGGAGCGGCUCGAAUCCGUGGGGAGACUCUGGGCAUCAUUGGCCUGGGCCGUGUCGGUCAAGCGGUGGCUUUGAGGGCAAAAACGUUUGGAUUUAACGUGAUUUUCUACGACCCAUACCUGCCAGACGGUGUGGAGAAGUCGCUUGGUCUCCAGAGAAUAAGCACCUUACAGGACCUGCUGGUUCACAGCGACUGUGUGACCCUGCAUUCCAGUCUGAAUGAGCACAAUCAUCACCUCAUCAAUGACUUCACCAUCAAACAGAUGCGUCAGGGGGCAUUCCUGGUGAACACAGCACGAGGGGGACUGGUGGAUGAGAAAGCACUGGGCCAGGCACUGAAGGAUGGACGGAUACGAGGAGCAGCUUUGGAUGUUCACGAAUCAGAACCUUUCAGCUUUAGUCAGGGGCCGCUGAAGGAUGCACCGAACCUUAUCUGCACCCCCCACACAGCGUGGUACAGCGAGCAGGCUUCCAUUGAGGUGCGAGAGGAGGCAGCACGAGAGAUUCGCAGAGCUAUCACAGGCCGCAUUCCAGACACCUUAAAAAACUGUGUGAACAAAGAGUAUUUGGCAGCAGCUGCUCAAUGGACUGGCAUCGACCCGGUGGCUGUACAUCCUGAACUGAAUGGAGCUGCUUACAGAUUUCCGAGCGGAGUGGUCGGGGUGACAGCAACAGGCAUCCCAGCCGCUGCCGUUGAAGGGAUUGUUGCCGGUUCCAUCCCAAUGCAGCAUGGAAUACCUUCAGUAGCCCACCCCUCUCACACGCCAUCCCCUAGCCAGACAGCCAAAUCGGAACCUGACAGAGACAUCCCAGCUGACCAAUAGCAGCUCUCGAGAAGAAAAGAAAUGGCAUUCCUCACCUUUUGACCUUUAACCUUCCACCAGGAAGUAGCCCUGAAGUUCACAGCAAAAAAAAACUGGGACUGCAAAGUGUAGUUUAUGCAGUUAAACAGAAAGUGUGGAGUCUUUACUGCAUUUCCAAUUGACGUAUGUAAUUCUGUGACCUUGUAUGAAAAGGAAAAGCAAAACCUUGUAGUACCUCAAGUCAGCCAUGAAUGUACUCUGUCUGUGUACAGUUUUGUAGAAGCCACAAAUUUGUUUAGCUGUGAAUAUACUUUUUAAAAAAAAAGUGAAAAUAUACAAGACUUCCUACUUUUGCGUACGGAGAUGCUUUGUCAGUGCACAAGAUUCUCAGGCGAAAACAAAUAACUUCAUGAUUUUAUUGUCUUCAUUUACUUGGUGAUUUGCCAAAUCCCUUCAGUGUCCACGUUCACAAUCGCGAUUAGAGGUUUAAGGAGACCCAAUCGGCUAACUGCAGUUCUCCCAGUUGCAAUGCCCCGUGAAAACUACAGCGCAUUUACGGACGGAAACUCUAGUCUGCUUUCUGACCUUGUCUCCUCCUGCUGCCCUUUCCUUUGUCCAACCCCAAGAGUUGAGACAAAGACAGUUGUGUGUACUGCUUCUUGGUAUGUUCAUAGUUCUACCUGACUCACUCGGGUCAGGUUGGCAUCUGCCUAUCGUUGCUUCAGUUAAAAUGAGGACAGGAGGGCAGUUUGAAUCCACCCCCACCCCUACCCCUCAAACCAGUUGCAUCUUAUGCCAACUUAUUCACACCUUGCUAUUCCCCCCACCCCCCACCCCCCAAAAGAAAGAAAUGCAAUGACUCUGGGCUAGAAUUUAAUGACCAGCAUUUGAGCUUCUGUUUGGCUUAUUGCAUGGAGCACACUGUGGAGAUUAGGUGACCUCACUGGAAAUAAGAGGUUGGUGUUUUUUGUUUUACUUUAUUCCUCAAUUUAGGAAAAAGUUGUUGAAACCCUUUAAUUUGAAUCUGACUCUGCGUAAGCAUUAAAUCAAUGCUAAAGUAGCAAUAGAACUUUGCAUCAGGUGUACCUGAAGGGACUUGAAGCAACCGUAUUAUCUCUACACCAUGAAUUUUCACAGAACACCUUUUUAACAUUAAAGGAUUAAAAAAAAAACCAAGGUUAUUUCUUUUUCUUCUGUUUAGAAUGAGAAUUUAUAAUGUCAGUUGUAAUGUGAAGUAGAUGCCAGAUUAGGAAUUCAGCCUGAAUCACUGUUGUGUUGUUACAGCCAUCAAUACUGUGAGUCCCAAUGUCCAAUGCUGAAAAUGUUUUUAAGCUUUUCUCUUUCACACACAACCCCCUUGCUCCUUGACCAUUUUCUUUUGUUAGAAACAAUCAUGUUUGUGGCUGUAAUCAUUGGUAUGAAAUAUUUUAAUAAAACCAACGGCAAAAAGACGAACCUUGA